AAUUUUCCCCCUUAAAUUAAAACUCCUAAUGGAAAAAUUAAAAAAAAAAAAGAAGAAGAAGAAGGAGGUUCUAAUUGAGAAGCUUGCAAGGCGCACAGCUCGACCGUUUUCUUCUCAAGUAACCUUCGCUUUGCUCUCUUCUUCUGCUGCAGAGUCCUCAAAGGUUCCAAAUAUCUGUAUUAUGUUUACACAAAUCAAAACCCAUAACAGAGAAGAUAAGAGAAAGAGAGAGAGAAAAAAGCCAUGUUUUUUUCAAACUGCCUUGUUUCAAAGAAAGGACCUUUAGGGGCCACAUGGGUAGCUGCUUAUUUCUUCAAAAAGCUCAAGAAAGCUCAAAUUUUUGAGACUAAUAUCUCCACUUCUGUUGAUAAUAUUUUGCAAGACCAGCUUGAUAUUCUCACAUAUAGAGUAUUGGCCUACCUCCUUCUUGGUGUUGUCAGAAUAUACUCCAAAAAGGUUGAAUAUCUUUUUGAUGACUGCCAAGAGGUGCUGAUUAAGAUAAAUGAAUUUGUGGUUAGAGAAAAAAAUAGAGCAAAGAUGGAGGCACUCCGUGCAAGAUGUUUCUCUAUUACUCGACCCGUGAGCUUUGACUUAGAUGCUUUUGAUCUGGAGAUUCUUGAAGAAACUAGUGGAGACAAUGCGGUGCCUCACGCAGACAUAACUCUUAAAGAUGUAGCUUGGAAAAAUGCUGGAAUAUGGCAAUAUUCUCUAGACAGGUCUGAGCAGUUUGAAGCCUUGGAUGAUGAUUUCUUGAUGGAUGACACUCCAAUUGAAGAUUUUUCAUUUCGCCUGAUGAACUUCAAGAUGGAAUCAAGAACAUCACAUGGAGCAUGUGACUUGGAACUAAGUAUGGAAAAGCUUCGAUAUGAUGGAGAGGUUGCACAUCUCCAAACAGUUAGUGGGGUUGAGGAAGACCCUCCAAACCUUGUUAAAGUUUUUGAUCAAAGUGACAGAGAGCAUGUAGAGGUUCCUGACAUGGCAGUUUUGGAGAACAAUAUGACCUUGAAAACAAGCAGGGAGAAAUACAAUGAUGGAUUCUUGUCAGAAGAAUUUAUGAAUCUUCAUAGUGAGGCGGAGGAGGAUCCUCUAGGUCCACUUAAGCCACUUGCUGAAGAUCAGACUAAAAGAGAAAAGAUGAAGGAUCCAGAUUUAUCAAAAUCAGACAAUGAAAUGCACCAGGAAGACCAUGGAAGCAUCUUGGAAGCACGCACAGAUGUUCCAGACAUAGCAGGUUCAGAAAACCAUAUGGAAAGAGAAGCAAGCAGGGAGAAAUGCAAUGAUAGGUUCUUUUCAGAAGAAGGGGUGAACCUUCAUAUUGAGGCUGUUGAGGAAUGUCCAAGCCCUUUUAAACCACUUGCUGAAGAUCAAGCUGAUGGAGAAAAGACAAAGGGUCCAGAUCUGCCACAAUCGGAAAAUGAAGUACACCAGGUUAUGGAGGAAAAUCAUGUAAGCAUUUUGGAAUCAUGUGUAGAAGUUACAAACAUUGCAGACUCAGAAAACUAUAUAGGAACAGAAGCAAGCAGGGGGGAACCUCCAGGUCUUGUCAAAACUUUUGGUGAAGAAAAAACUAACAGAGAGAAGAUGAAGUGUCCGGAUAUGGUGCAAUCAGAAAAUGAAGUGCACCAGGUUAUGGAAGCAGAUUGCAUGGAAGCAAGUCUAGGGAAGCUUCAGGCUUUCUCUCAUAUGGACAUCGAGGAACCUGCCCCAGUUGUAAGACCACUUGCUGAAGAGGUUCAAACUGGUGCAGAGCUGGAUAAUGUUCCAGCAAUGACAACUUCAGCGGAUGGAAAGUGUCAGGUUGCUGCAAAGGACCAUUCUCUGUUAGUUAGAUUGUGCACAACUCCUCAGUCCAAGCUGCAAGGUGCUUCAGGAGCUACUACACCGCAUUUUAUGCCUAUCCGAACGCCUGUGACCAAGGAGCGUGCUCGGUUUUCGAGGAAAAGAAAAUGUUUCUUUGAUGACAUGAUAGUUUUUCCAAAUGACUUAAUGAGGCAGUGGAUAAAAGAUGCAAGUGAUUUGGUGUCUAAGCGGAGAAAACAUACUGCUCGAGAUGCAAGGAACACCCAUCGGGUUUUCAAUCUUUCCCAGAGUUUCUCAGAGGCUUCGGUUCCUUGUAAUUCCAGUAUCAUAGUUCUAUGUGGUCUUUUUCUACUUAUGCCCUUAUCGCUAAUCAUAUUCUUGGCAGGCACCUCGGAGCUUAAAUCUCUCUACUAUGGAAAGAGUUUGAGACUUCUUGAAUCUGUUAAAAUCAUGAAAUCUCCAGAAAAAAUAGACGUAUCAGAAGCUCCUCCUAUUGGUGGAUCCUUUGACCAAGCAGAAAUUGCUCCAGAGACUGUUGAAAUCAGGGAUCCUCCAGCUAUGUUAAACCUCUCAAAAUCUCCUCUUUUUGAUGGAUCCUCAGAGCAGACAGGAAUUGCUCCUCAAACACCUCGUCAGCACUCACCUCCCCUUGUUGGGGGAGAACAAACAGAAAUUGCUCCACAAACACCUGUACCACACUCAAAAUCAGUGAGACCAUUUGAGAGCCCUGAGUACCUCAAAUGUGUUAACUUAGAUGAAGUAGGACAUGCAAAUUUGGAUCCUACUGAAAGUAUGGAGAAAGAAUCUUCUCUGAUUGAAAUUGUAGAAAAGGAGCCUUCCCUGAGCAACAAUGAAGUUCUUGAUCUCAAUCUGGAGAUACAUUCAAAUGAAGAUGAUAACCAGGAGCAGAAUGGAUGGUCAUUGAGAACCAGAAUGGUGGCAAAAUAUUUGCAGAGAAGGUUUCUAGCUCAAAGGAAAAGAGGAGAGGAGGAAACAGUGAAGUUAUCACAGCUUUUGGAAGGAAGAACAAAGAAAGAAAGCGUGAGGCUCUUUUAUGAGAUACUGGUGUUGAAAACUAAAGGACUUGUGGAUGUGAAGCAAGACACUGCUUUCGACGACAUUCUUGUCCUGCAAGCUCCUCAGUGGGACGAAACUUGCUGAACUGAUGGGAAGUAGAACUGCUGGAGGACCUAUUUGUUAAUUGCAUGAAGUAGAAUUAGUCUUUUGAUCCUAACCCAUGUUAAAUGAGUUGUAGUGGUAGUCCCUCUGUAAAUUGACUAGUCUUGUAAAUGUUAUCAAUUUUAGCUGAUAUAGGAAUCAUACAUGUUCUCGUUAGAAGAGUACAAGGAAAAGAGGAUGUAACUACUUUUUCUUUUUUUCUUUUUUAGAUAGGGUCCAACUUUGAGAGCUUAUCUUAGUGAUUUGAUUAACUUAAUCAGAAAUCUCUGUGUAGGCCAUUUUUUUGAUGA